GUAUAGAACUUGUAUAUGUAUAAAAUGGUACAGUAGCAUAGAACUGUAUAUAUAGACUAGAAUGAGGUGAAUAUGAGGGGGUUGGAUACAUGUAGUUGUAUAGAUGUAGAUAUAUGUACACAUAUAUAAUAUACGGUAUAGAAUAACGAGAAACGAGACUAUGGCGGCGACGACGACGACGCUAACCGUCUCCUCGCGCGCAGCCAGCAAUAUGUCGUCCUCUUAUUAAAAUGAUUAAAAAAUAUAAUUCUGUGUAUUUCAAAUAAUAUCUAAUUGUCGGUUAUCUAAUUAGUAAGUGCAAUAAUGAAAUUAUACAUCUGUAGAUAAUUUAUUAUAAUUUAAUAAAUUUUUUUGUUUAUAAUAUGAAGUGACGGGUUUGGAACUAAUAAAUAAAAAUCGAAAGCUAGUGUGAAAGAAAUAAAAAAAAAAGGAGAGUGAGAUGAAAGGGAUGUGGAUUAAUAGGAUUGUAGAUUGUAGAGGACGACAGUUAUAAAAUGAUAUUAGCGUGUGAAUUUAAUUUCAAAUUAAAAUUAUUAUUUAUUUAGUAUUUUUUUUUUUUUUUUUUAUUUAAGUAUUGAUUAGAUAAAAUGGAUAAGUCUAUUGGAGUAUAUCUGAUAUUUUGUGCAUUAAUAACUAGCGGUCUUUGUGCUGCUGGACUGGAUUUGAUAGUAGAGCCGAAGGAUGUUAUUGUUGAGCCAGGUGGUGCUGCUCGACUUGACUGUCAAGCGUCUAGUACAGUUUACGAUCCAUCAGCUAUUAAUAUCCAGUGGCGUACAGAAGACGGCCAGAUGAUUAAUUUUAUUGGUGACAGUUAUAGAUCACAAUUAGCUAAUGGUUCAUUAUAUAUAAGUAGCGUUUACGCUGAUAAUCCAGAAUUAACUGGUGGUUAUCAGUGUCUAGUAACAGUGGAGAAUGUUGGAGCCGUUGUAUCACAAAUAGCCACUAUCAGUUUGUUAUCACAGUUACCGAUGUUUGCAGAAGAGCCGCGAAAUAUUGCCGUCAGUUUGGGACAGACAGCAUUUUUUAGCUGCAGUCUAUUGUCAACUAAAUUGUUGGCUGAUCGAGUUAAGAUUCACUGGCUGAAAGAUGAACAUCCGCUGCAACUUGAUGAAAGUCGCAUGACUAUUAUGCCGUCUUCCGGUGCGCUGGAAAUAGAUGACGUACGCAAUGAAGAUGUGGGUUCUUACCGAUGCAAUGCUACGGCAUUUAGUCAGCAUCGGUUGAGUAACAAAGCUCAGUUGUCUCUUGAACAAGAAUCCUCGUCGUUGUCUAUUAAUUUUGACGAACAAUCGCCCCCUAUAUUUAUUGCAAAACCUAAACCACAGAUAGCCGUUGAAGGUGCAACGAUUAUUCUCGAAUGCGCAGCUAACGCUCGGCCUAAACCUUCUAUUUUAUGGUUGAAAGACGGAGUUGCUGUUGAUUUAGCUGCGCUGGAUUCGAGAUAUCGUAAAAUAGCAGCAUCUAGUCUUAUGAUUACUGAUAUUAUGGAGGAAGACACUGGAUCGUAUCAAUGUCGGGCAAAAAAUGAUGUUGAAACACUUGAUGCAGUGGCUGAAGUAACGGUUCAGGUGCCACCGAGAUUUAUUAAGAGACCUGAAGAUAAGGUAGCAAGCGAAAAUCAGGAUUUAGAAUUUGAAUGUGAUAUUUAUGGUAAACCAGAGCCUAAAGUUACUUGGCUUAAAAAUGGAGAAAAAAUAACUUUAAGUGAAUACUGGCAGCUUGUUAAUAAUAAUAAUUUAAGAAUAAAUGGACUACUGCCGAUAGAUGCAGGAAUAUUUCAAUGUAUCGGAACCAAUCCGGCAGGUUCAGUUCAAACUUUCGCUCGACUUGUUAUCAUUCACAAGCCAAAAAAAAUUCAAUUGGCAAAAUUAACAUCGACAACAUUGUCACCAAAAUUAUUGCCGAAAAAAAAAUUAUCUCGUCAAAGACAAUUGUAUAAUAAUACCUGGCAACAUCCCAGCACGCUCCUUGGUCAUACAUUAUCAGCAUUUACUCCUUCAUCACCAGAAUUAUCAUCGAAUUCUUAUUCCGGUGAUGAUUCCGCGGAUUUAUUUUUUGAUAAAGUAACUGAAACUGAGACUGAUCCUGAUGAUACCUUAUUACCUCCACCUCCACCACAACAUCAUCAUCAUAAUCACAACCAUCAUCAUCACCAACAAAAACCUGAACCCCGUUUUAUAGAUAACACGGAUAAUUUGGAUUUAAUCGAGGGAGGUGGUAGCAGUGGACCACUUUUAUCAGCACCAAGAAAUCUUAGUGUCGUUAUUGUUUCAACGAGAUUUGUUACUUUACGAUGGCAGAAGCCGGAAAAUGCUGACAGUGACUCAUCACUUACUUACCAUAUUUACUAUAAACAAGAUGGAUCUCAAAGAGAACGCGUUGUGACAACAGCACACAGACAAUUAGAAGUAGUCGUAAGAAGUCUUCAGCCCGGAGUAACAUAUCAAUUUCGGGUUGUAGCGCACAAUUCUCAAGGUAUAGCCGGCGCCUCUAGUGAAGUACUUACAGUAACAACGCACUCUGAAGCAGAUGUACCAAGUCCGCCGUUAAAUCUCGAAGGCCACGCAACUAGUAGCCAAAGUAUAAAAGUAUCUUGGCAAGAGCCGAAAAUUCUUAAUGGCCGCAUAUCUAAGUACGUUGUGACAUUGGAAAUUACAGACGACACUAGCAGUAAUUCUGGAGCUGGUGUGUUCAGCGAAGUUGAAAAAAUACGUGAGACAACAAUCACAACUUGCGAACUAGUUGACUUAACGCCUUAUACAGAGUAUAGUAUUUCGGUGUACGCGGUGAAUGAAAACGGGCCAGGUCCUUCGACCGGUGAAAUAAAUAUAAGAACAUUUAGCGCGCAACCAUCUCACCCGCCACACAACGUAACAUUAGAAGCCGCAAGCUCGACAAGUAUAAUUGUCAGAUGGGAGCCACCACUUGAAGGACAAAAUGGCAUAAUAACUGGUUACAAAAUUCGUUAUCGCCGUCAGGAUCGUCGCUAUCACUCGAACACGAUAACAACAGAGGGCAACAAACGUCUUCAUGUAAUUUCAGGAUUAGAAAAACAUGGAGUUUAUCAUGUCCGUAUUUGUGCAUUGAAUGUAAACGGUACCGGACCUUGGACAGAAUGGAUGGCAAUUGAAACCUACGAAAACGAUUUAGACGAAUCAACAGUACCCUCAGCGCCAACAAAUUUACGAACGAAACCCUUAUCAACAUCAAUAUCCGUGUGGUGGAGUCCACCUAAAGAUGACAAAAUAAAAGUACGCGGUUAUAUUAUUAGCUGGGGUAAAGGUUACCCGGAUGUUUUCAAUCAUGAAUUGGAUGGUAAACAACGUUACUAUUCAAUUGAAUCACUUGAUCCAAUGUCCGAGUAUGUAAUAUCAUUGCGCGCCAGCAAUGAAGCGGGUGAAGGGCCACCAAUUUAUGCGAAUGUCAGAACAACCGAGAAGACAGCAGUUGAAUCAACAGUAACACCACUGAUACCACCCGUUGGUCUCAAAGCAAUUGUCUUGUCUGCCAGUACCGUUGUUCUGUACUGGACAGAUACGUCACUUUCGAAAAGUCAAUAUGUCACAGAUCAUAGAUAUUACGUCGUCAGAUAUGCGCCAUAUCAUCCAUUAACGCUGAGUCCACGGUAUAAAUAUUUCAAUGCAACUGAUCUCAAUUGUAUGAUUGACGACUUAAAGCCGAAUACACAGUACGAGUUUACCGUUAAAACAGUUAAGGGAAAACGUGAAUCACCGUGGAGCAUGAUUGUCCUUAAUCAAACACACGAGGCUGCACCCACAUCAUCACCGCGUGAUUUAACUGUUCAGAGUUACGAAGAUCGUUCUACUGCGGUAAUAGUACACUGGCAACCACCUAAACAACCCAAUGGCCAUAUUAUCGGCUAUAUUAUAUCUUAUUCGACUGAUAAUACUAAACGUGAGAGAGAUUGGCAUGUUGAAGGUGUACUUGGAAACAAGACUGAGUAUAUUAUUAAAGGACUGAAACCCAGUACAACUUAUUAUUUUAAGAUCCAAGGAAGAAAUAUAAAAGGCUAUGGACCUUUUUCAUCUGUCGUUGUCUUCAAAACACCACAGAGCAAUGGCAUGGAUUAUGAUGAUUUUUACAGCCAACAACAACAAGACGGACGUGGAUUAUCACAAAGUCUCAUCUACAUAAUAGUAGGCUGCUCAGUCGUAUUAAUAACCGGAGUGGCAGUUGUUGUUGUAUUCGUAUGCUGCAGACGACAAAAUGACUCGCCGGAUCGUAAAAAAGGAUAUAUGAAAGACGUUAAUCAGAAGACAAAUAUUAAACCACCUGAUCUAUGGAUUCAUCAUGAUCAAAUGGAACUCAAAGCCUUGGAAAAAUCAUCGAUAAACGGCGAAACUUUAACAUCAACCACCAGCGGCGGAAUUGUUAAUAAUACACUACCAAGAUCUGGUAAUACUGAUUACAAUAAUACAGAAACAUCUGGAAAUGCGGUAAUAAAUUCUGGUUCAUUGGAUAAACGUACUUACGUACCAAGUUACAUGGCGACAAAUAAUUUGGAUGACAAAUGCUCGACACUCACGAGACAACACAGCCGCAGUAAAUCAAAAUUUAUUCCUCUAACUGUUGUUGAUAGUGGUGGACCGCUACAUUCAUCCAUAGCAUCAGCAACGGCGGCAUCAACGGCCAUUGUAAAUAGUAGUCACGGUAACAGUUUAUCACAACCGACAAUCUACAAUUCAUCAGAUGCUUCACGUGAACCAUCGCGAUCAAUUUAUCCGCGAACUGUCGGUGCUCAAUACAGUUUAAGUAGAGCACACAUAACAUUAGAACCUACUCCAGAAUCAAAUCCAUCAGUCGAUUUGUCAUCAAUGUCAAGUAAUUACGAGCAGCUUCAUCAUAAUUCAAUGACUUAUGGCAGUACGCCGUACAAUAAUUCAACAAGUAGUCAACAGUUUACACCUGGACACUACGUUGCUGGCAGCACAAGCCAAUCUUCCGUGGCAGCAAAUUCAUCGAGCGUAAUUUCCGGUGGAAAUAGUAGUCGGGGUGAACUUACUGGUGGUAGUGGAUCAGGAACAGAUUCUGCAAAUGCUAGCAGCGCUGGUGGUGGCAGUGGUAGCAUCAAACGACUUCAAGGUCAUCCGUUAAAAAGUUUUAGUGUGCCAGCACCGCCACCACAGUCGGCACCAUCAACACCAGCGCAACAGAAACACGCCACUCAGGUUUCUCAAGUAACUGUAAGAUCUAGUCUAUCCGGAAGUCCAUAUAAAAAACAACCAGGUUCUUCCUCAGCAGUAGCUAAUACUAAUCAAUUGACGAAAAAUCGAUUGGCUUCCGUUUCAAAUGCCUGUCAUACGCCUGAAGAAAUUGAACGACUUAAACCCUCGUACAGUACCGAGGAAUUGAAUCAAGAAAUGGCUAAUUUAGAAGGCCUAAUGAAAGACUUGAAUGCGAUAACGGCCUCGGAAUUUGAAUGUUGAAAUAUUUUAUUUAUUUCGAUAUAAACUUUUUUAUUUUUUUAAUUGUAUAUUAAUUAUAUAAUCUCACUGCCCCGGUAUAAACCGUACUAUUUUAUUAUUUAUACAUCGACUUUUUUUACGCGAUUUUGUGUAGAAAAUUUUUUUAUAACGAAUUUAAUACUACGACACCCAUUAAUAUAUUUUAUUAUAUAUUAAUAGUAUAUAAUACUAAUUAGUUUAUUAAGAUAGAAUAAAUUUUAUUAUAAUAUUUAUAUAUUGGGGUGCUCCAAAAAAACCGAUUAUUUUUUUUUUUUCGAGUCUCUUAUGAAAAUUUGUUGGGUUACAAUGUUUUAAGAAGCCUCUCCAAAAAUCAGCUCGAUAAAAAAUUUUCAAGAGGUCGCUCACGAAUUUUGAAAAUAUCAAAAAUAAUCGAGAUUCGAAUUUUUUUUUCUCAUAGCGGCAAUAGUUUAUAUUUGUGAAAUCAUGACCACGCUGAAAAUUUAAGUCCAAAAUUUAAACAUUUAAACCUCGCUCAAGAAUUUUGAACGUUUUCGAACGACCCUUGAAUAUUAAUUAUAAAGCUUCUCGAUUUUUUCACCACCAAUUUGGAUCAUAAUGAAUGAAAAUAUAACCCGAGAAAUAGAAAUAAUAAGUUAUUUACAUACUUUUUUAUUAUUUAAUUCAAUGUUUGGUUUUUUCACUUAUUCAAAACUUACCAAAUUUUAUUGCUUAACACUGUCUUGUAUAUUUUUGUUUAUGCAAAAGUUAUAUUUUAGUAAAAUAACAAUAAUUGAGUAACAAAAAAAUACAAAAACUAAUUCAAAGUAUUAGUCACAUAUUAUCAGUUAAUAUUCAAAAUUCUUGAGCGCCGUUUAAAUAUUAAAAUUUGGGGCUAAAAUUUUCAGCAUAGACAUGAUUUUACAAAUAUAAACUAUUGCUGCCACGAGAAAGAAAAAAAAUUUAUAAGUAAAAAAUCCGAAUUUCAAUCAUUUUUGAUAUUUUCAAAAUUCGUAAGCGACCUCUUGAAAUUUUUUAUCGAGCUGAUUUUUGGAGAGGCUUCUUAAAACAUCGUAAGCCAACAAAUUUUCAUGCAAGAUCGAAAAAAAAAAUAGUCGGUUUUUUUGAGCCACCCUAAUAUAUAUUAUAUAUAAAUAUUGUCUGCCAUAUAAUAUUCAGCGUAUUUUACGCUUCUUAUUUUAUCAUAAAAUUUUUUAUAUCUUUUGUACAAAUGCGUGUGAUUUAAAAAAAGAAAAAAAAAACAUCACAAAUGUCUUAAAAAAAAAAAAAUAUCAUUUUCUUUUGCAUUAAUGUUCGAUAGGCUGAAAAUUGCCCACUGAAAAUUUUAUCAUAAAAAAAAAAAACAUUUUUAUCAUAAUUACAAAAUAUGACAGCGGACCAAAAGUUAACCGCCGUAAUUUUUUUAUUCGACUAACAAAAAAUGAAAUAAAAAUGAUUAUAUAAUGAUCUCAUUAAUGUAAUAUUAACAAGUAUUUACGCUCAACUGCCAUAAAAAAUUUUACAAAAAAAGCGAUUUUGUAACAAAAUAAAAAAAGGAAAUUGAAAAAAAAUUUUUUAAGUAUGAACAGAGUAUUAUUAGGAUUGAUAUUUAAAAUAUAAUUAGUUUGGUAUUUGAUAUAUUUUUUUUAUAUCUAUUUAUAAUUUUAUAAUUAAAAAAUACGAUUAGUAAUUUUUUUACUUUUUUAUUCAUAUUAAUACGCACAAAAUAACGCGUGUUUGGAUAAUUUUACACGAAAAAUA